AGAGCAGAACACAAGCAUCCGUGCAGGGCGUGUGGAUGUGAUGCCCACCCGGAGAGAGAUGGUGUAAACAAACCCGCUUUGCCCCGUCACUGAGCUCCACCACCACGGAGGUUGCUGCCACGAUGUUGAGCCGUCUGUUCAGCGAGGUCUUGCCGGACGUCCAGAGGCUCGCGGCUGACUGGGUGGAGGACAAUGAGAAUGACGACAAGGACAAGGACGAGCACGAGCACAAUUCCCAUGACCUCGAGGACGACGACCUGGACGAGCCGCUGGAAGGCAGCAGCCGGGCCGAGUCCGAGAUGGCCGGCGACGACGAUGAGGACGAUGAGGCCGAGGAAGAGGAGGGCGACGACGAGAACAGCGGAGACAAACCCAAGAAGCGCGGCCCAAAGAAGCGCAAGAUGACGGCGGCGCGCGUGGAGCGCUCCAAGGUGCGUCGGAUGAAGGCGAACGCGCGGGAACGCACGCGCAUGCACGACUUAAAUUCCGCGCUGGACAAUCUGCGCAAAGUGGUGCCGUGCUACUCCAAAACCCAAAAACUCUCCAAGAUAGAGACUCUGAGGCUGGCCAAGAAUUAUAUUCUAGCCCUUGGGGAGAUUUUACGCAACGGGAAGCGGCCAGAUGUGGUGGCCUACGUGCAGAUGUUGUGCAAAGGUCUGUCCCAGCCCACGACCAACCUGGUGGCUGGCUGUCUGCAGCUCAACACCAGGAACUUCCUGACUGAGCCGUGCGCAGAUGGAGCCCGCUUCCACAUGCCCAGCUCCCCGUUCUCCGUGCACCCCUACUCCUACCGGUGCUCCCGCAUCUCCAGUCCGCACUACCAACCCGGCAGCGGUGCGCUUAACGUGCGGGGCCAUUCCUACGGUCCCGGGUACGAGGCCGUGUAUCCGCCAGGUGGGACGUCCCCUGACUAUAACAGCCCGGACUACGAGGCCCCGCACAGCCCGCCCGUGUGCCUGAACGGCGGGCUGUCCGGGAGACAGCAGGAGCCCUCUGAGACAGACAGGAACUAUCAUUACUCUAUGCAUUACGGACUGACCACGUCCCGGAGCGGCCACAGCAUACCCUUUGGGCCCUCUGGAGCGCGCAGUGGCGGUGCGCACUCGGAAAACAUUCCACCUUUCCACGACGUGCACUUGCACCACGACAGGGCGCCGCCGUACGAGGAUCUCAAUGCUUUUUUCCACAACUGAGCUCACAAUCAGACCCUAUAAUGACAAUCCUAUCAUGUGUAAUAUUGUUUGGGAAACAAGAGAAGCUUCGGAAAGGAUAAAAGAUGGAAGUCCUCCGAUUACCUUCUGUAUUCUACUGAUGUCAUCCCUAUACUGUUGUACAUCCUAUCAAAGUGUGUCCAGUAAUCUCCUGUAUGCAGAAUGAGUGCAACUGACAUAAAAAGAUGUAUAGGCCUAAACAUGUUAUGACACAAACAACAGAAAUAAAAAAUGUUUUAUAACUGUC